AGGCGGGGGAGCGGGAGGGGGACCGAGGGACCCGCCCGCCCGCAAGCCUGGCCGGCAUGUGCGGCCCAAGGCGCCCGAAGCCUCUGCUGUCCCUGGGUUGAGCCGCGCCCAGGGGUCCGGGACGGCGCGUGAGCCUCGCCGUGUGUGAGCCCGCGCGGACGAGCGCCGCGGCGCGCCGGCCUGGAGCUUCCCGCUCGCUCCUCGGCGCUGUGGUGCAUGUUCGCCUCCUGCCACUGUGUGCCGAGAGGCAGGAGGACCAUGAAAAUGAUCCACUUUCGGAGCUCCAGCAUCAAAUCGCUCAGCCAGGAGAUGAAAUGCACCAUCCGACUGCUGGACGACUCGGAGAUCUCCUGCCACAUCCAGAGGGAGACCAAAGGACAGUUUCUGAUUGACCAUAUCUGCAACUACUACAGCUUGCUGGAGAAGGACUAUUUCGGCAUUCGUUAUGUGGACCCAGAGAAGCAGAGGCACUGGCUUGAACCUAACAAAUCCAUCUUCAAGCAAAUGAAAUCUCAUCCACCAUACACCAUGUGCUUUAGAGUGAAAUUCUACCCUCACGAACCCCUGAAGAUUAAAGAAGAGCUCACCAGGUACCUUUUGUAUUUGCAAAUUAAAAGAGAUAUUUUUCACGGUCGACUGCUGUGCUCUUUUUCUGAUGCUGCCUACCUCGGUGCUUGUAUCGUUCAAGCUGAGCUUGGUGAUUAUGAUCCUGAUGAGCAUCCUGAGAAUUACCUCAGUGAGUUUGAGAUUUUCCCGAAGCAGUCACAGAAACUGGAAAGAAAAAUAAUGGAAAUUCACAGAAAUGAUCUCAGAGGCCAGAGCCCACCAGUUGCUGAAUUUAACUUACUCCUGAAGGCACACACUUUGGAAACCUACGGGGUAGAUCCUCACCCAUGCAAGGAUUCAACAGGUACUACAACAUUUUUAGGAUUCACUGCUGCAGGCUUUGUGGUGUUCCAGGGAAAUAAAAGAAUCCAUUUGAUAAAAUGGCCAGAUGUCUGCAAAUUGAAGUUUGAAGGGAAGACAUUUUAUGUGAUUGGCACCCAGAAGGAGAAAAAAGCCAUGUUGGCAUUCCACACUUCAACACCAGCUGCCUGCAAACAUCUUUGGAAGUGUGGGGUAGAGAAUCAGGCCUUUUAUAAGUAUGCAAAAUCCAGUCAAAUCAAGACUGUGUCAAGCAGCAAGAUAUUUUUUAAAGGAAGUAGAUUUCGAUAUAGUGGCAAAGUUGCCAAGGAGGUGGUAGAGGCAAGCUCCAAGAUCCAGAGGGAACCUCCCGAGGUGCACAGAGUUAACAUCACUCAGAGCCGCAGCUCACACUCCUUGAACAAACAACUCAUCAUUAACAUGGAGCCCCUGCAGCCUCUGCUUCCUUCCCCAAUUGAACAGGAAGAGGAAAUUCCUCUGGGUGAGGGUGUCCCCUUGACUAAAGAGGAUGUUUCUGCUCCCCUGAACUCCAGCUCACCAGUUAAGGAAGCUCGGGUGUAUGAAGAGCCCCCAAGUGAAGAGGAAGAUAAAAUAAAAGAAGAGCCUUUAACCAUCUCAGAACUAGCAUACAACCCAAGUGCCAGCCUUCUCCCUACCCCUGUGGAUGACGAUGAGAUUGACAUGCUCUUUGACUGUCCAUCUAGGCUGGAGUUGGAAAGAGAAGAAACAGAUUCAUUUGAGGAACUGGAAGCAGAUGAAAAUGCCUUUUUGAUUGCUGAAGAAGAGGAACUGAAGGAAGCUCGCCGAGCUUUGUCAUGGAGUUAUGACAUUCUGACGGGCCAUUUUUGGGUGAACCCACUGGUCAAGAGUUUUUCCAGGCUUCUUGUGGUGGGCCUGGGACUGCUGCUCUUUGUAUUUCCCCUGCUCCUCCUCCUGUUGGAGUCAGGUAUUGAUCUCUCCUUCUUAUGUGAAAUCCGCCAGACACCAGAGUUUGAGCAGUUUCACCAUGAGUACUACUGUCCCCUCAAGGAGUGGGUGGCUGGGAAGGUUAACUUCAUCCUCUACAUGUUGGGUUGCUCAUGAAGUUGAUAUCUUAGAAGACUAAGGGCUAUAUUCAAUACUAGUGAUUUGGAAUUUUCAGUAGAUGUCUGGUUCUGAAUGGUUAUGGGAUCAUCAACGGGUGUUCCUUCCUCAUAUCUAAUUACUCUAACCGUUAAGUUAGCUUUCCAUAAUUCAAUGCACUUAAAUAAGUUUAAAUCAAAUGUAGUUACUUUAGUUACAGGUCAGGAAGAUGGCCUUAGAUAAUCAAAAAUCCUGUUUAUUUUUAAUGUAGUAUAGAAUCCUCUAUUAUAUCAUAAUGAAUAAUUCAAUGGGCUGAUUUCCCCACUUUUUAUAGUUAAUACCAUUAUUACAUGCUAUAAAGUUCAGAAUCAGAAUUUUAGUAAAAUUUGAAGGAUAAGUUUUUGAAUAUAAUCCUUAGUGAAAACAAUGUCCUCCAACCAAUGCCUAUACCACUAAAUUUAUGCUGGUUUUUUGUUUUUGUUUUUUAAAAAUAUUUUUAUGUGUUCAAACUAUUUUGGUAAAUUUUUAGCAAAAAAAGAAGCCUCCUGGAGUUAUUCAAGUAUACAGAUUGUAAGAUGCACAAUGGUAUAUUGGGAAUUUUUUUAAUGUUUUGGCAGCAAUUUGUUUUUAGACAUUUUUAGCUGAACAAUCCUGUAAUUUGUUAUUACCUCCAUAUGAGAUAGAAAAUGGGUAGAAAGACACUGUAAUAAGUUUCUAAAAACAGAUGAUGGAACACGAGAAUGUGGAAAUUGAGAGCAUUGAGUUGAUAAGGAGAAGUCCAUUUUUCAAAGUUUUAGACAAGUUGACUUGAUACUUCACUUUGCAUUUUGUCCAUCUAUUUGGGCUGGGGAAGCAGAAUGUUUUAAAAAGAAAGUAAAGCUCAACAGGAAAAAAUGCAAUCAGUUAAUUGCUUACUGUACCUUAACCCACCGAAGGGAGGCAGACAGGAACUGGACAAAUGGAAAGCAGUUGUAAAGCAGAGUUCUGCGAGGCUGAGGCUGGUAGGCACAUGGUGGUAGGUGAACGGUCUCUUAAUGAAAGUGAUGGAGUUACAAGGCAUUCAAUGAUGUAAAGAACAGUACAUUCACUGCCGAGUUCACAUGGACGUUUAAGCGAUCUAAAUAAAAGUGGAGACAUUUUAAGGUAAUUUUUUGUUCCCUUAUACCAUUCAUUAUGAUUCUGUUAGAGGAACUUUUAAAAAUGAUAUGUGUGUCUAUUUGUGUGUGUGUGUGUGACAGAAAUAGAGAGAGAGGGAGAGAGAGAGAGAGAGAGAGAAAGAGAGAGGGAGAUUGAGAAUGUCUUUAUGAUAAGUACCAACGACAGUCCUUCAUGUUCUGCAAAAUACUCUUUUCUUUGCCUGGUUUCUUUAAGAGCUUAACUCAUUUAUAACUGGGGCUUCCAUUAAGAAAAUGGAAAGGGCUCAUCAGAUGUAUCAAUUGAACUUGGGUGAAGUAGACGACAGAGGGGAUAACUCUUCUAGUACCUUCCUUCAUGCCAUGAAAUCCAAGAUAGAAAGGGUAUGAUGUUUUGUCAUACAGAGUACUCAACUCAAAUAACUGAGUAAGUAAAGGGUAUGGAGUUUAUAACAUGGAGCUUAGGAUUUCUUUCUGGAUUGAAAACAUUCCAUUGCUUUUAGUUACAAAGAGAUGUGGCCCAUCCCUAAUCUCUCCCUAACUCUAAUGACAUCCCAACUCUAUCUUUAUGAGAACUUCCAAAGUGGCCAUUCCAGUCCCACUAAUUUACUGGCACACUGAGUGAUUUAUCAGACAAUUAAUUUUGAAAGUAAGUUUGAAAAUCAGUUCAUUAGAUCUUCUGUUGAACACAAUAUAAUAUAUACUUACUAGUAAGUUUACAAGGAUUUCUUCUCAUGAACUUUCAAUGACUUAUACUGACAUGGAAAUAUGUUUUCUGUGGUUGAAACCUGUGAUGAUUUAUUUUGGAAAUUUGCAAAUGGCAAGCUUUGACAUUGAAAUUUUAGUUUUUCUUUUAUCUUCUUUUAUCUUCUCAUGUGACUUCUAAAUCAUCCUCCUGGAUGGAAGAGGUGUUCCAGUGCAAUUCCCUUCUAAUUGUAUUUCAUGUCAUUU